GACCUUCGCACCGGAAGCACUCGUUGUAAACACCACACACACACACACACACACUUGGAGGUGAAAGCGGUGGACACACAAAAUGUCAAAGAACAUGAGAAUAACGUUGAUCUUCGGAGGGUUCGUGACCGCGGUGGCCGCCGCGUUUUACCCAAUCUUCUUCUACCCGCUCCAUCACAAGGAGGAAUACAGAGUCGUUCAGAAGACAAACCGGACGGGAAUCAACCAGGAAGAUAUUCAACCUGUGGGUGUGAAGAUGUGGUCCGAUCCGUUCAAACCUGGAGACAAAUGAAGAGCAGUGAUUUGCCGACCUUCAGGACGUCCACACGUUGAUGCUGAUGACGAACGCCUUUAGUGAUGAGUGCUUGGUGUGUGCGCGUGAGUGAAUGAAUGAUUUCCAGAAUGUGUGGUUUGUUUGAUGAGUGAUUCUAUUAAUCCUAUAAAUAAAAUGUAAAGUUCUAAAAGCGUAAAUACGUUUCCUUAAAGAAUUAUUUGUAUAAUUUUUUUGCUGUACUGGGUAAUGUUUUGUUUUGAGAGAGAGAUUGGACUCAAAUGUUCUACCCCCAGAAUUGAAUUUGUCCACAAGGGGGCGCCCCAUGCCUGCAUCUUAACACCGAAAGCGUUGACGUGUGUAUUGUUUGUGCAUCUAAGAUAUUUUGGAAAAACUCUUGUAUUUCCAAAAGCCUUGCUCUGGUAUGCAGCCUGUGGGAAAUUAUAAUAAAAUACAGUGGUUUGUUUACCCAGCCCAUUCA